AUGGGGGCUUCUGUCAUCGACGAACUGUCGCUCGCUCCGGUUCACAACUUCAAUUCAUCCUUCCAGGAUCUCCGCUGCUCCAAGCACGUCCAUGACAACGUUCACGGCAACAUUUACCUCGAUCCGCUUUCUUUGAAGUUUAUUGAUACCGAGCAGUUUCAGAGGCUUCGUGAAUUGAAACAGCUUGGUUUGACGCAUAUGGUAUAUCCGGGAGCUGUACAUUCUAGGUUUGAACAUUCGUUAGGAGUGUAUUGGCUUGCCAGGGAAGCUGUUGAAAAGCUUAGAUAUUACCAAGGAGCAGAGCUUGAUAUUGAUCACAAUGAUAUCCAAACUGUGAAACUUGCUGGCCUUCUGCAUGAUGUAGGCCAUGGGCCUUUUAGUCACCUGUUUGAGCGCGAGUUCCUCCCUCGGGUUCUGAGUGGCUAUGAAUGGUCUCAUGAACUUAUGUCGGUUAAGAUGGUUGACCAUAUUGUUGAUGAGCACCACAUUGAUAUUGAUUCUGGAAUGAUAAAAAGAGUUAAGGAUAUGAUACUAUCUAGUUCUGAAUUUACUCGGCCAAAGGGUUCAAGGGAGAAGGGAUUCUUGUACGACAUUGUUGCAAAUGGACGAAAUGGAAUUGAUGUGGACAAGUUUGAUUAUAUUGUUCGUGAUUGUCGAGCUUGCGGUCUAGGGUGCAACUUUCCGUUUCAGAGGUUAAUGGAGACUAUGCGAGUUAUAGAUGAUGAAAUUUGCUAUAAGGCGAAGGACUAUCUCACCAUUCACAAGUUGUUUUCUACUCGGGCUGAUUUGUAUCGAACAGUUUAUAUGCACCCAAAAGUUAAGGCCAUUGAGCUUAUGUUAGUUGAUGCUCUGUUGAAGGCAAAUGAUUAUCUGGAAAUUUCAUCUCACAUCCACGAUCCAUCCCAGUACUGGAAGCUAGAUGAUUCUGUAGUCAAAACAAUUGAGACAGCUUCAGACCAAGAACUAAAGGAAUCUAGGGAUCUUAUCUUGCAAAUCCGGAGAAGAAACCUCUACCAGUUUUGUAAUGAAUAUGCCGUUCCAAAAGACAAACUGGAAAAUUUCAAGGAUGUAACUGCUAAAGAUAUUGUUUGUUCUCAGAAAAAUGGUGGAGUGAUGCUACAAGAGGAUGAUGUUGCUGUCAGCAACGUUAGGAUCGACUUGACACGGGGCAGAAAUAAUCCUCUUGAAAGGAUCCAUUUCUUUAAGGACUAUGAAAGCAACGAUAAAUUCAAGAUUUCUGAUGAUCGCAUAAGCCACUUACUGCCAACAUCAUAUCAAGAUAUGAUAGUAAGGGUGUAUUCGAAGAAACCCGAACUGGUAGAAGCCAUUUCAGAAGCAUUUGAAAACUUUCAGUUGAAAACUUAUGGGAUUAAAACACAAGUACACGCAACACCGGAGAAGAAGAAACGUCGCAUUUGAUUUUCCUGUUGUUGAGAUUACUUAAUACUAUUUCACAAAAAAACUGAUACUUCUAUAUCUUCACACAGACAUGAUUAUGUAGGUUCGUGAUUUUGACAUUUCCUCCUGGAAGCUGGAUUCACGAGGAAUUGUACACGGCAUACCAUACCGAUUUCAAACUGGUUGAGCUGGAGGAUCUUGCCACGAAAUAGUUUUUGGUCAGCAAGUCCUAUUGUCAACCUUUUGGGACAAUUGCUGAAGAUUUUGUACCUGCGCAAUGCCCAAUGUCGCCCAGCAGCUUUAGUUUGUGAAACUAUCUUUGACAAGGUUUUAUUUGUACUUCUGUCUUUUUGAAUUUAGUAUUUUACAUCUUUCUUGCUCUUCUCCUGUCUGUAAUGCCAAGUACGCUCUAUAAAGUCAUGUCAAUAUAUAACAAUAUUAUCCUUCUACAA